CAGAAAGCACAUUCCACACUCUCACGUAUUGACCAUAUAAGAUUUUAUACUUUGCGUUAUCUUGCAAAGUACCAAAUAUGCCAAACACAGUUAACACUGUUGCACUGUGCAUUUGGCUGACUUUCGGAACUGCUGUGUCCCUUGAAUGUUACAACUGUCCAUAUAUCGACAGCCUGAGCAAAUGCAACACCUCGAAAAUAUGCAAUCCAGCCGAGGUUUGUUUUCAAGACGCUGUAAUAUCUGGACAGACAACAACAGUGACUCUAGGCUGUAUUGAUAGCAAGCAAUGCGGGUCACAAAGCAGCGGCUCAGGGGCACUGAUUGGCAGGGAAGUUUCCAGACGGCAAGACAACCGAUGCCAUGAAUGUUGUGCAAGCGAUCACUGUAAUAAACUGUUGUGUAGCCAACGAAAAGCUUCGCAAUGUCUUGAUGAUGAAACAAUAGACUGCGUACGAAUGGAUUCCGUCUUCGGAAUAUGCAAAGAUAUACAACAUGCAAAAUCAUUGUGUCCUAAAUUCUGCCGUUUGUGCGAUGUUGUUGAUGGUGUAUGGUCCGAAUGGUCAACCUGGUCUGAAUGUGAUGUGACAUGUGAAAGUGGGACACAGACACGUGCAAGGACAUGCACAAAUCCAGCGCCAGCACACGGUGGUCUAGACUGCGCAGGGAACAGCAUGGAAACAAAGCGUUGUUACAAAGAACUUUGCCCUGUACAUGGACAAUGGAGCGAGUGGGCAUCUUGGGAAGCUUGCAGUACAACGUGUGAUGUUGGCAUAGAAAGACGACAGCGCAGCUGUACAAACCCAGCACCAUCUCGGUUCGGAGACCACUGCUUUGGUUUGAAUGUCGAUGAUAGGUUAUGCAUGCCAGGGGCCUGUAGCAACGGUGGUUGGUCACCCUGGCAACCUUGGGAUCCAUGUAGUGUUUCCUGUGGUGGAGGAAUUCGUUUACGGUCAAGGACUUGUAGCAAUCCAACACCUUCACCUUAUGGUCAUUAUUGUGUUGGAAAUCCUUUUCAAAUAGAAAUGUGUAGCACUGAAGCAUGUCAAGCGACCGUGAAAAAUGUUGCCUUCCAAGCACACACUCUAACGAACACAGCCCCACUCAAUGGCGAGAAACUAGUGUUCAGCACAACAACACUUGACAAAGGAUCGGGUUACAACAACAAAUCGGGAAUUUACAUAACGCCUGUCGCUGGAAUCUACAUGUUUACCUUGCAGUUGUGUAUUACUGCUAGCAGAUUCAUUUACUUUGAAAUUGACACGGCAGAGGGCCCGAUUCAUAAAGGCUGCUUUAAUGACGAUGCAAGUGAUUUUAGUGGUUGCCAGACAGCCACAACUAUUGCAGAACUUGGUGCAAAGGAACAUGUUUGGAUAAAGAGCGGAUCUUCUACCAGUGGAACUGAUUUCUGGAAGGAAUCGAAAGUGUGGAAUAGUUUUUCUGGUGUUCUAAUUAGCACAGUUACGUAAUAGAAAAAAGCAAUUCAGCUGUUUAUCACUGAUUAUUAAUAGUCAUAGAAUUGUUUUUUUUUUUCAUAAUCCACCAGUACACAGAAUACUCUGAUAUAGCUUGUGGCUUUUAGUAAAAGCAGAACUUUAAUUUUAUGCGGAAUGCACGCAUUGUUUAUCUUUUUUAAUGCAAAAUGUUUGAAGUGAAUUUAAAAAAUUGGUCAUUGCUCAAAUAUAAUAACUUUUACAUUUUUAUUCAGGUUAUGUAAACAGUUAUUACAAACGUAUCGACUGAUACUUCGUCAUUGCUCUCUCCAUGUCAUUUUGUUAGCGCCGCAAUAACCUCUAAGAUUGAAAGAUUUUUUAGAUCAUUGAGUAAUGAAGUGAAUACAAAUGCUGAACUAGAGAGUGGAAUGAUUCUUUUGUUGAAAGAACAGAUUGUAUCGUGAAAAGUUGCAAUGGUAUCCUUUUUAAGAAUUCGAUUUUUGACGCCAUUUGCAGGUAACACCGAUGAACGGUAUGGCGUUUUAUAUUUUAUUUUUCGGUUUACGGAACCGCCGUUAAAAAUGAGUUUUCAAAAAAUAAUAAAAUUGGAAAAACGU